CGCCUGCGUGGUGGCUCCCCGGACUAGGCGCCCGGCGGACGCGGCUGAUACCUUGGUUCCCGAGGUCCUCUCACGAGCCCGCUUGUGCGCGGCGUCCUGCGCGUACGCCUUGCAAGCCUCGGCGCCAUGGGUCUGAUUUCCGAUUCCGGCCUGCGAGUGGAAUGGAUUGCAGCAGUUACCAUUGCUGCUGGUACAGCAGCCCUUGGUUACCUCGCUUACAAAAGAUUCUAUGUUAAAGAUCACCGCAGUAAGACCAUGGUAAACCUUCACAUCCAGAAAGACAACCCCAAGAUAGUCCAUGCUUUUGACAUGGAAGAUUUGGGAGACAAAGCUGUGUACUGCCGUUGUUGGAGAUCCAAAAAGUUCCCAUUCUGUGAUGGGACCCACACUAAACACAACGAAGAGACUGGGGACAACGUGGGACCUCUGAUCAUCAAGAAGAAAGAAACUUAAUGGACAGUUUUGAAGCUGCAGACCAUCCUUUCAUGACGUUACCUGAUUAUUUAACUAGAAUGAUUACUGAUUACCACUUCUCUCUAAUUCACCUCCCCUCCUUCUAGAUGUGGAAUAUUGCCAACCUCAGCUUUCACAUUCAUGGCAUUUGCCUUACUUGUUGAAGGAUUGUGGUGCACAUUUUGUUUAAACAAACACACACACACA